AUGUAUUUUUUAGUGCAAUUUAAUGGGUUAGACAAUUAUACUUCCAAAGUAUAUGAUGCUUAAGUUACUGAUAGUGAGCUAUGUGUAUCUAGAUUAUGAAUUACAAGGAGUUUAUGGUAUGAUAUUAUAUCCUAACUUUUAAUGGAUAAAAUACACGUCUCGAUGCUUCAGUUACUGCUAGUGAGCUAUAUCUAUCUAGACUAUGAAUUAAAAGAAGUUUGUGGUAUGGCAAGAGAAACUCUUAAAGUACCACUUUGGUAAGAUGUGGAAAGACGUGGUCUCAAAUUCGGUCGAUUUGAUGUAAUAUAUCAAUAAUCUAUUAAAUUGGUAUGUGUAACUGAUAACACUUGAAUUAUACAUAUAUUCACCUACACUUUUACAUCCUAAAAUGAUCUAAAUUGUACCAAGUUCAUUUGAAUUCCUGAUUUUACACUUGGUUUUGUGUUUGAGUGAUGUUUCAGGGUAUUCUAUCCAAUAAAAAUGAAAGAAUGAGCCAAUUCAACAAAAAGAUGGUUAGGGUUCGAAAUUAGGCGUCGGUGGAACUCGAGCCCGCAACGUCCCAAGCGAGGGCAAAGAGCCGUACCACUCAGGCUGUGUCCCCUUUUGGUGUCAAUAUACGAAAUCCACCAUGUAUUAUGGUGAUGAAUCGCGGAGAGAGAGGUAGUUAACAAUGUAGAGUCAAACUGCAAACUGCAGAGUCAAAUCGCCUCUUGCUAAACAUAAGGAAAAGCUGUCAAAAGGGCCAGUGACACGCUAAAACAUAACACCGAACUGCGACCAAGUGUAAUCGCAUUCCGGAAAUGCAGUAAAUGGAAAGCUCUAUUUGUCAACUUGGGGCCUAGAUCUACUGAAUACUCCGUGAUUAUUUAUUAUCUAGCAAACUAAGUCGAGUGAUUGUGGUUUUAAGUAAAAGAAGUAAGAAAGUAGGAAAUGAUUCGGUUUACUAAAGCAAGGGAAGAGUCACUCGGGAAUGAGUCCCCCUAGAUCCUUAGUUAGGUCACAGUUGUAAUUACUUCUGGAUGCUUUACUGUUGAUUAUACUGCGGAAGAUCCGACAGUAGCUUGGAAUCUCUUAAGCUGACCAAGCCCUCUCAGUCAAACUACCCGGCAUACGACUAGUCUUCACCCGGAUAGAGAGCUGAGGCUAUGAACACAUAACUCCACUACUGGAACUGAAUUCCAGUACAACGCAGUGAAUUGAAUAACUCUCGUAUAAUCGAUUCACUACUACCGAUUGAAGAAGCUCUAAUAACCUAAUCAGAUUCUAUCUAUCUCAGGUUGCAGCAGAAAUCAAUAAAAGAUGAACAGGCUUCAAUUGACUCAAUCAACACACUUCAAUCGAUUAAAAUCCAACAAUAUCACUAUCCAAACGUCGUUACAACAAUGAUCCCUAACACAUAGAACUAGGGUUCUUCAUACCCAAGUGAGAGAGGGUUCUACUCCAUAGAGAGAGAGGAAAACAGCAAACAAAACAGUCAUACUCAUCAAGAUGGGAAGAAUCUGCUCUAGGAUGAUGAUCUUCACUCCAAGGAUGAUUUCCAAGCUUGAUUGAUGAAACCCAGCUCCAAAACCACUAUUAGGGAGUGUUCUUCGCACUUUCUGUCUUUAGGCUCUGUUUAUGCUCCAGAAAAUCGAUUCCCUCUCCUUCGGCUCGAAAUUGGGUUAAAACCCAGAAUUUCCCGACCACACGGCCGUGUGACCUUCCAGUAUGCCCAUGUGAGUGUCAAAACGCCACGUUUCACUUAGUACUCUUCAGGCACGCUGCACGACCAGAAGCACACGGUCGUGUGGAUUUCCAGUCUGGCCGUGUGAGCUCCCUAGACUUUCCACACGGCCACAAAGGGUCUCAUACACGGCCAGUGUGGCUUGGCCGCGUAAUGGGAUUCCACACGGCCGUGUGGCUGUUAGGUCUGGCCGUGUGGAUUCCUCAGCUCCUCGCCAGACGUCCAACUUUAGUCCAAUCGACUCGAAACUCGCUCCCAAACCUCCAAUCACGUACUAGGACCUGAAAUAAGACAAACGAGAACAACCUAACGUGAAAUCGGCCUAAGAUACGCGAAAUGAGGCUCAAACGACAUAAUAAUGGUGGAUAAAACAUGUGUAUAUAUCAAGUCAUCAGCCAGCGUGGGCAUCAACAUGGCCAUCUUCACAUACCAUGUUCAGGGCAACACACCCUGGAACGUGGCCACGUUGAAGACCACGUCAAUAAAAGUCAAGGAGCUUUCAAAGGGUCAACUUGGGCAUCAACAUGGCCAUGUCCGAGACCAUGUUAAAAUCAACACACUCAGCAACAUGGCCAUGUUCACAGACCAUGUUUAGUUCAGGGCAAUACACCCUGGAACAUGGCCACGUUGAAGACCACGUCAACAAAAGUCAAGAAGCUUUCAAAGGGUCAACGUGGGCAUCAACAUGGCCAUGUUCGAGACCACGUCAACAUCAACACCCUCAGAAAAAUGGCCAUGUUCAUAGACCACGUUCAGGGCAACACACCCUAGAACAUGGUCACGUUGAAGACCACGUCAACAAAAGUCAAGGAGCUUUCAAAGGGUCAACUUGGGCAUCAACAUAGCCAUGUCCGAGACCACGUCACAAUCAACACACUCAGCAACAUGCCCAUGUUCAUAGACAACAUUUAGGGAAACACACCCUAUAAUGUGGCCACGUUGACGACCACAUCAACAAAAGUCAAAGAGCUUUCAAAGGGUCAAUGUGGGCAUCAAGAUGGCCAUGUCUGAGGCCGCGUCAACAUUAACAUACUCAGCAACAUGGCCAUGUUCACAGACAACAUUCAGGGCAACACACCCUGGAACGUGGCCACGUUGAAGACUACAUCUACAAAAGUCAAGGAGCUUUCAAAGGGUGAAUGUGGGCAUGAACACAACCGUGUUCCAGGCCGUGUUCAUUUUGACUCGGGGAACACAUUUACGAUGCUAUCGGUCGUUAGAUCUAACACGGCCUGGGAACACGACCGUGUUUGUUGGGUACGUCGACCUUUUCUGCACAUUUUAAGAGAGCAACCGACAGUUUCGUCCAUCUACUAUUCAACACGGCCUUGAACACAACCGUGUUCGUCGACCACGUUAAGUAAAAAAAUCAGCCAAUCAAUCUCUGCCAUGCUAACACAUCGAUUUGACGUCCAGCUAUGAACACGACCGUGUUCCUAGACCACGUUAGAGUUGUUGCUGCCUAUAAAUAGAAGCUUGCAAGAGAAGAAGACACACCACACACCCCUACUUUCAGACCCUGGGUCUUUCUUUCUUUCUUUCUUUCUUUCUUGUGUUUGAAGUUAGCCAAAACUCUAUCCAUUUCGAUUCCAAACUCUUGUUAAUGUUUUCAUCUCGUUAAUCGUAUCUCGUAUUUCCUCCAUCGUGGUUCUCAUGUUUGUGUUCGUAUUUGAGAAUAUCGUGUGUUAUUAAGAUUACCGAAGUAAGCUUCUGUUUUGUGGGGUUUUGAUAAUCAUUUAUUGGUAGAUUGGUCGAUUUCCACCAUCUUCGCCUAAGGAUUAUCCCCCCGUCAGAAGUUUGCUAGGUGUAGUCUAUUAACUCAAUAUAUAUCAUAUUCUCGGCCACUCCGUCUUUGUUGCCAUCAUCAUCAUGGUCAUGUUCUCAACCUUCAUCUUUCUAAAUAUCAUCAUGCCCGACUAAUCUUCUAGUUGUUAUGGAUUUGAUGAACCCUAAUAUGUUUUCAGCGGAUUGAGUGGUAACUUUGACAUAGAUGUAUUGUUCUAAUUCUUACGAUCUUUUCUCGACUUAUCAUGAGAAAGCAUCAAUAGUACACGUCUAUUGCAUAUUUUGUAUGAUACAUGUGAAUGAGACUGCGAGGUAAUUUGCAUGUAAGAUUUCUCAUGAAAAGAAGGAAUUGAUCGGAGCCACCGGCGAUGGGGUCACGUAGUUCCUCUGGAUUAGCUUAAAAACCUAAUAUGGAAAUUCACAAGUCCGGUUAAUGAUUUGGUUUAAGAGUCUUGUAAGCUACGGUUUCACUUGGUUUUUAAGUUGAAAGGGUGUUAAUACACAUGCGAAUGGGUU